AAGCACAGGAUGCAGCCCAGCAGUGAUGGCGAGUGGCUGGACGGAAGAGAUCUUGGUUCACGCCGCUGUCUGGAGGGCAGGGUCCUCAGGUGACCAGAGUCCAUGCAGGAGCGAGUGAGGACAGGGCUGGGGCAGGCGGCAGGAUGAUGCCUCCCAGAGGGGCUCAGUGAAUGAAUGAAUGAAGGCACACGCACCCACGCUCCAGCAGGGCCAGAGUGUGCUGGUGGGUUGUGCAGCCUGACUCUGAAGAAGCUGGUGGUCUUCAAGGAGCUGGAGAAGGAGCUGAUCUCCGUGGUGAUUGCCGUCAAGAUGCAGGGCUCCAAACGGAUCCUGCGGUCCCAUGAAAUUGUGCUGCCCCCCAGUGGACAAGUGGAGACAGACCUGGCCCUGACCUUCUCCCUGCAGUAUCCUCACUUCUUGAAGAGGGAAGGCAACAAGCUUCAGAUCAUGCUGCAGCGCAGAAAGCGCUACAAGAACAGAACCAUCCUGGGCUACAAGACGCUGGCCGUGGGCUCCAUCAGCAUGGCUGAGGUGAUGCAGCACCCGUCUGAAGGCGGCCAGGUGCUGAGCCUCUGCAGCAGCAUCAAGGAGGCCCCCGUCAAGGCAGCCGAGAUCUGGAUCGCCUCCCUGUCCAGCCAGCCCAUUGACCACGAGGACAGCGCCAUGCAGUCCGGCCCCAAGGCCAAGUCCACGGAUAACUACUCUGAGGAGGAGUAUGAGAGCUUCUCCUCCGAGCAGGAGGCUAGUGACGACGCUGUGCAGGGGCAGGACUUGGACGAGGAUGACUUCGACGUCGGGAAGCCGAAGAAGCAGCGGAGAUCGAUUGUAAGAACGACGUCCAUGACCAGGCAACAAAAUUUCAAGCAGAAAGUGGUGGCGCUGCUGCGGAGGUUCAAAGUGUCCGAUGAGGUCCUGGACUCGGAGCAGGACCCUGCGGAGCACAUCCCCGAGGCGGAGGAGGACCUGGACCUCCUAUAUGACACGCUGGACAUGGAGCACCCCAGCGACAGCGGCCCCGACAUGGAAGACGACGACAGCGUCCUUAGCACCCCCAAGCCAAAGCUGCGGCCGUACUUUGAAGGCUUGUCACACUCGAGCUCGCAGACGGAGAUCGGGAGCAUCCACAGCGUCCGCAGCCACAGGGAGCCCCCCAGCCCGGCUGACGCGCCCGAGAAGACGCGGUCCCUGGGAGGCAGGCAGGCGAGCGACAGUGUCUCUGACACGGUGGCCCUCGGUGUGCCGGGCCCGAGGGAGCAGCCUGGACAGCCUGAGGACAGCCCCGAGGCUGAGGCCUCCACCCUGGACGUGUUCACAGAGAGGCUGCCGCCCAGCGGGCGGAUAACCAAGACAGAGUCCCUUGUCAUCCCCUCCACCAGGUCCGAGGGGAAGCAGGCUGGCCGACGGGGCCGGAGCACGUCCCUGAAAGAACGGCAGGCAGCGAGGCCCCAGAAUGAGCGGGCCAACAGUCUGGACAACGAGCGCUGCCCGGAUGCCCGGAGCCAGCUACAGGUGCAGGUGCAGAUCCCCAGGAAGACUGUGUAUGACCAGCUCAACCACAUCCUCAUCUCCGAUGACCAACUUCCCGAAAACAUCAUCCUCGUCAACACCUCGGACUGGCAGGGGCAGUUCCUCUCCGACGUCCUGCAGAGGCACACGCUCCCCGUGGUGUGCACAUGCUCUCCCGCAGACGUCCAGGCAGCCUUCAGCACCAUCGUCUCACGGAUACAGAGAUACUGCAACUGCAAUUCCCAGCCCCCGACCCCCGUGAAGAUCGCCGUGGCGGGAGCGCAGCAUUACCUCAGCGCCAUCCUGCGGCUCUUCGUGGAGCAGCUAUCCCACAAGACGCCCGACUGGCUCGGCUACAUGCGCUUCCUGGUCAUCCCGCUGGGCUCCCACCCCGUGGCCAGGUACCUAGGCUCUGUGGACUACCGCUACAACAACUUCUUCCAGGACCUGGCCUGGAGAGACCUGUUCAACAAGCUGGAGGCCCAGAGUGCGGUACAGGACACGCCGGACAUUGUGUCGCGCAUCACCCAGUACAUCGCAGGGGCCAACUGUGCCCACCAGCUCCCCAUCGCAGAGGCCAUGCUGACCUACAAGCAGAAGAGGAAAAAGCAUUUUCAUUUUGACUUUACCUUAAGCCCUGACGAAGAGUCCUCCCAAAAGUUCAUUCCCUUUGUCGGGGUUGUGAAGGUUGGAAUUGUGGAGCCAUCCUCCGCCACAUCAGGCGACUCGGACGACGCAGCCCCCUCGGGCUCUGGCGCGCUCUCCUCCACCCCGCCGUCCACAUCUCCUGCGGCCAAGGAGGCCUCACCCACUCCGCCCUCCUCCCCGUCGGUGAGCGGAGGCCUGUCCUCCCCCAGCCAGGGUGUCGGCGCCGAGCUGAUGGGGCUGCAGGUGGACUACUGGACAGCAGCACAGCCCGCGGACAGGAAGAGGGACGCCGAGAAGAAGGACCUGCCUGUCACCAAAAACACGCUCAAGUGCACUUUCCGGUCCCUCCAGGUCAGCAGGCUGCCCAGCAGCGGCGAGGCUGCGGCCACGCCCACCAUGUCCAUGACCGUAGUCACCAAGGAGAAGAACAAGAAGGUGAUGUUUCUGCCCAAGAAAGCAAAGGACAAAGAUGUGGAGUCCAAGAGCCAGUGCAUCGAGGGCAUCAGCCGGCUCAUCUGCACUGCCAGGCAGCAGCAGAACAUGCUGCGGGUCCUCAUCGACGGGGUGGAGUGCAGCGACGUCAAGUUCUUCCAGCUGGCCGCGCAGUGGUCCUCGCACGUGAAGCACUUCCCCAUCUGCAUCUUCGGACACUCCAAGGCCACCUUCUAGCCCCACCCACCGAGAGGCCCACCUCCCGCCCCACGCUAGGAGGGGCCCAGCUGCAUUUCUGUUAACAUUUCAGUUUACUACAGAGACAGACCCUUAAAACACAAAGAGAAACAGUCUUAAGUAUGAAUGUGCUCACAACCUGGAAACUAACGGGGGAGCUCCUGCCAGGAGCCGAAUAACUGCUCUGCUUAUUAACCCCAACGUUCGGCCCGGGGCUGGGAGGCCAGAAGGACGGUGCUGAGCUGCGGAUCGCAGAAGGCGUGCUCUGGUCUCAGGAGCCACCCAGAGCCUCCAUGUCCUGUUCUUCCGGAAAGUCAGGACUCUGCUUCCUCAGGGAGCCUGGGGCAGGCGGAGCUCAGUGGCCUCAGGCCGAGGGGCCAUGGGGCCGCUCAGUCCCGUUGGGGGUGUCCUGAGUUAAGCCUGGGGGGCCAUCCUGCCCGCCUGAGAGAUGCCCCCAGCACCGCACACUCGUGGUUCCCAAUAAACUCCUGCCUGCGGCGGAGGUUUUAUAGCAGCAGAUAUUUUUAAUGCUUUUAAAUACAUGUUCUAAUGUAGCUG